UUAGAAAAGCGGAGAGCCCUUUUAUUUGCAUUUUGAAAACCAUAAAAUAAAAAAGUAAGAAAAAGAAGAGAGAGAGAGAGAGAAUCUCUCCAAAAAAAUUAGCAGGAAGAGAGAGAGAGAGAGAAAUCGCAAGAGAGGCCAAAAGAUUUCCUGCAGUUUCCCCUUCUCUCCUCCCCCUUCUUCUUGGAAUUUUGAACUUGUGGAUGGAUUUUUUUCUUCGUUUUCUCUCGAUUUUAUUUAUCGUUUUCUUAUCUGUUGACGGAUCGGUCGCUGAUUCGUCUCGUUGCCCUCGUUCUGGUGUCGAUUCCUUCGUCCAUGGCGUCCAAUCGCAGUGCCCUAUUUGGAUCGAGCGGUGUUCGCCUGAGCAGGUGAACGGAGAUAGACUUGACAGAGAGUUGGGGCAUGCUCAGGGAAAUGCUUACUAUUCAAUUUUAUUUCAUGCAUCUUGGUGUCCGUUUUCAAGGGAAAUUCAACCAACAUUUGAUGCUCUCAGCUCCAUGUUCCCACAAAUAAGGCACCUGACUAUUGAAGAAUCUUCUGCCAUGCCGAGGUACAGUGUUUUCUCAAGGUAUGGCAUCCAUAGCUUUCCGUCUAUAUUGAUAGCCAACAGGACAGCAAAAAUGCAGUAUCAUGGACCAAAAAAUCUCAAUUCACUGGUGGAAUUCUACAAAGCAACGACAGGUUUCGACCCUGUUGCUUAUCUUUCUGUUGAGGAACCCCCUAGCUCAGAAAGCAGGAUGCCUUUCAAUCUACGGGAUCAUUCUCUUAGGGAAAUCAUAGUGUCAGAACGCUAUCUGGCAUUUUCUUUAGCUUUUAUCUGCUUGAAGGCAUUCCUUAGCUUCUUCCCUGUGAUCAUCUCUCGCAUCAAAGCUUUCUUCUUCGUAUAUGCAUUACAUACGAACUUGGGGAUCUUUGGCGAGUGGAAUCAGCUAUUGGAACGAGUUCUCCAUGUAAUCGAUCUAAAGAAGCUUUGGAGCAAGCUCAGGCUAUGCAAUAAAACGAACUUCCAGAAAGGUGCUAAGAAUGCUCGAGUCUGGGCUUCAUCACUGGCUUCUGUCUCAUUGGGUGAGUCCUCUUCUUCAAGGGACCUGUAACGACUUUUGGGGCUGAGAUUCUGGUGAGAGGAGAGAGAGAGUUGCUUGAGGUAAUGGAGAGUUUUGACGCACCUCUACAAGUAGAGCCUGCCAUCUUCUCGUGUUAUGUAUGUAUGGUUCUCAUGGGAACUGAUUCUUCUCAUUUUGGCUUGGGCACAUGUGAGCUAAAACCAUCAUGGUUGUAAAUUUUUGUGCACUUGACAUUUCUGUAUAUUAAAAGUGGUUAGUUUGCAAUUGGGGAUUGUCUAAUGUUCAACGUUUACUACUUCUUAACAGUGUUGUUGUGACUUACUGAUUUUGUUAUGGAUUGCAGUUAAAUUGUAAGAUAAUGUCAAUAUGUUAUUUUACUUGGUUGGAGAGAGUAAA